AUGCGUCGAGCAUACUGCGUCGGUCGAUGGGAGGUCCCAGAGAAUCCGAGGGCGUACCCUGCAGCGAGUCGUGAGCGAAGCGAGCAGGACGGGCUCGAGCGAGUCCUCAUGUCUCGUUUCUUCUAUCGCCUUGGAGAUUCUCUUCCCCGGGUCUAUGAGGCCCAGAUUCGGGGCUGGCGCGGUCUGCUGGUUGAAGAUGUCAACCACGAUGGCGGUUGCCUUAUUGAAGAGAAACUCUUUUACUCGGACCAAAUCAGCGAGGACCUAGUUUGGCUAGGCCGGCAAGACAUGGACAUAUACGAAAAGAUCGAGCCGCUCAAAUGGUGGUUCUCAAAGAGGCAACUGAGAGACAUCAAGCUUAAAACCGACCGGACCACCCGGCGGACAUUCUACUAUCUCGAGUACGAGGUGACCCUAAAGCUGGUGGAUGAUGAGAUGACGUUUGAAAUCACCAUUCCGCGAGACGGGAUGUUCAAGGAUGGCCAUGCAAAACCCGAGGGGGACAAUCCGAUCCGCCAAACGUGCCUUUUCGAUUGUUCGGCGGAUUUCAAGCUAAUCAAUACGGUGGAUUGA